AUGAGGAAGAGGUCGGGAGAAUAUCGGGAUGCUAAGGCUGGAGGAGAGUUGGCUGCUGUGUCGGACCCCGCGGUGUUGUUGAGGGACCUUGAUCUUGACCUUGCUCCUGCUCUUGGGGUCGAGCUGGCUUCCGUGGAGGUUCAAGAGGCCGAGGGGCAGGCCGAGGGGCACCAAGAGGAGGUAGGGGAGGUGGUAGGGGAGGUGGCAGGGGGAGAGGCAGAGGCGGCCGAGGAGGUGCAUCACAGCCACGAGGGCCAAGGUUUGACAGUGCGCGAUGAUUCAGAGGAUGAGUCUAGUCAGGAGGAGCAGGAGUCAGACAUCGAGGAGGAUGACGAGGAGGUGGAAGACGCUUCGGAGGACGAGGUCGAGAGCAAAGCAGCUGCUCGGCCUUACAUGGCCCUCAUCAAGAGCUUAACGGAAGACAAUGCUGCCCCUUCUGCCAAGAGGAGGAAACUGGACCAUGAAACAGCACAGCCAGAAAGGCCAAAGACUCUACCGGAAGACGACCAGGCUGACUCUCAAGGUGAGAAAGUUGAGGAUGUGGACCACGUGGAAGAGCCCGAGGAAUCUCCAGAGGAGGCUAUCGCGGAAGACGCUUUCGACGAAGCCGACGAAGACGAAACAGCGGACAGCUCAGAUCCCUUCCAGAGCCAUUUCGCUGUUCCCGACGAGGAGAGCAUAGCGAGGCGGCUGAGAGCCAUCGAAGAAGCGAAAUGGGCCACAAAAAAGGUCGCCGUCAAGGGUCUAAGAACAGUUCUCAGUGCACCAGAUACAGGCGACAAGAACGACGAGCUUUCAGCACCGACUCCCAUUUUGAGCGCCUCAGACCUGAAUCUGAAACAAAAGCUGGCUGAAUCCAUGAAGGAGAAACGGAAAUUCGAUGGCCUCGAACAAUCCCUUGCGCCGCACGUUUUCGGAUACCGAGACUUGCUCUUCUGCCAGAGGUCACUUAAUAAUGGCAAGAGUCUUCGGCGAUUGGCAUGCCUCCACGCUCUCAACCACGUUUUUAAGACCCGAGACAGGGUUAUCAAGAACAAUGCCAAGCUUGCUCACCAAAAGGAUGGCGAGGAGCUCGAGCUCCGGGAUCAAGGCUUCACACGGCCAAAGGUCCUCAUGAUCCUCCCCACGCGAGAAUCAUGCUACAAAAUGGUCGAGACGAUGACAGCUAUCUGCGAACCUGAGACGCAGGAGAACAAGAAGAGGUUUGAGGACUCCUUCCACGAUAAAGAAGAACGAUUCUCCGGGGAGAGGCCGCCUGACUUCAAAGACCUCUUUGCUGGCAAUGACGAUGACAUGUUCCGCAUCGGCCUCAAAUUCACACGCAAGACAAUAAAAUUCUUUGCCCAGUUCUAUAAUUCAGACAUCCUCUUCGCCAGCCCGCUGGGUUUGAGGAUGGCCAUCGGCUCUGAGGACGGCAAAAAGGUCGAGCACGAUUUUUUGUCGUCGGUCGAGGUCGUCAUCGUUGAUCAGGCAGACGCUCUGCUCAUGCAAAACUGGGAGCACGUCGAGUAUAUCUUCGAGCACCUCAACCUACAGCCCAAAGACGAUCACGGGUUCGACGUCAGCCGGGUGCGCAGCUGGUACUUUGACGACCAGGCGCGGCACUUCCGGCAGACGCUCGUCUUCUCGCAGUUCAAUACGCCGGAGCUGUCCAAACUGUUCCGGUUGCACUGCCGAAACUGGGCGGGCAAGGUGCGCGUCGAGCCCGAGCACGCGGGCGUCAUCGGUGAGCUGGGCGUCAAGGCAAAGCAGACCUUCUCGCGCAUCGACCCACCGUCGGUCGAGGCCGAGCCCGAGGCGCGCUUCAACUACUUCACCAAGGCGAUCGUGCCCACCCUCGUCAAGCGGGCCAAGGACGCCACCGGCACCCUCAUCUUCAUCCCGUCGUACCUGGACUUUGUGCGCGUGCGCAACUACUUCGCGACAAACCCGGCGGUCGAGAGCCUCACGUUCGGCGCCAUAUCUGAGUAUGCCACGGUGCCCGAGGCGUCCCGGGCGCGGUCGCACUUCUUCGCCGGCCGGCACAAGGUGCUGCUGUACACGGAGAGGGCGCACCACUUCCGGCGAUACGUGCUCAAGGGCGUGCAGCGCAUCGUCAUGUACGGGCUGCCGGACAACCCCCUGUUCUACAAGGAAAUUGCUGGUGCCAACUUGGCGAGGGCGGAGCAGGACAUGGUGAUCGAGCCAGGGCAGGGCAGCGUGCGGGUAGUGUUCUCGAAGUACGAUGUGCUGAGGCUGGAAAGGGUAGCCGGGUCACAGAGGGUCGGCAAGAUGAUUCGUGAGAAGGGUGACACGUUUGACUUUGUAUAA